AUGCGUGCGAUGAGACCCGUUGCUCAUUUGGCACGCUGCUUCUGUGCAUCCAGCAGCGUGAAAGAGACGCGGCCGUCGAUCCAGGCCAUUGCUGAGCUGCGAAAGGCUCUGCCCGGCACGUCGAUGCUCAAGGCGCGCGAGGCGCUUACGGCAUCUCGCUCGCCAGAUGCCCCCGACACCGACAAUGUCGAGGCUGCAAUUGCAUGGCUUGAACAGACUCGUGCGUCUGAUGGGGCAAAGCGCGAGGCCAAAGUGGCGUCGCGUGUCACCGCCGAGGGAACGAUUGGGCUAUGCACACUCUCAGACGGCAUUAGCAGCCCAGGAGCGCGCGCAGCGAUGGUCGAACUGAACUGCGAAACAGACUUUGUCGCACGAAACGACAUCUUCGGCGCUCUGGCUCGUGACAUUGCGCACACAGCUGCCUGGUUCCCGAUCGUCGCUGCGUCUGAGACGUCUGCUGUGCUGUCCGACGUUGAUGUGGCCGCAUUCCUUGAGUGUCCCAUCAUUCCGUUCGAGGCUUCUGAGGAGAACAAGCAUGACGUCAUAUCUGUGCGUGCGGCAAUCACGUCUGUCGUUGCGCGUCUUGGUGAGAAAGUGGCUCUUGGCCGCGUCGCGUCCCUGGCACCCACCAGCGGCGGGAGUCAUGGAAGUGCUCUUGUAUGUGGUUCAUUCGCGCACGGUACUGCAUCUGCACCUCCCGCACCUCAAACUCCCGUGGCGGCUACCUUCGCCAGUGGACGUGUGGCGAGUUUGUUGGCGGUACAGGUGCAUGGGCCACUGUCUCAGCGUAUCAUGUCGCGCACGGCGACCACUCAGCACAACGAUCAUGACCAUGACCGCAACGGCGAUGACGAACGCAAGCGGCAGCUCCGUGCGCUCGCUCGCUCGCUCGCUCGGCAAGCUGCUGGCUUCCCGACCACGUCGGUGGACGCUCCCUCCGCGACGGCGGCUGUCGCGAGCGACGCUAGCUCAGAGACAAGCGGCGCACUCCUGACGCAACCGUUUGUUAUGUUACUUCCUGCGGCUGGCCUAGAUCCUAGUGUAAAUGAACAAAAAAGCGUGCGUGACGCACUCGAACUAUGGUCCAACACAUACGCAGGCCAAGCUGACGGCAUCCGUGUUGCAGCGCUGCGUCGUUGGGAAGUGGGUGAGACGGCUGCGCGACCAUCAGAUGAGACUUCUUUUGCAGACCAAGUCAAAGAAGCAGCUGGUCUGGCCUAA